AUGUUAAAUCUGCUGAGCUCUGAUGUUCUGAUUGCGUGCAGGUAUUAUUUCUGUGAGAAAUGCUUCAACGAGAUUCAGGGAGACAGCGUGACGCUCGGGGACGAUCCGGCACAACCCCAGACGAUGAUUUCUAAAGAACACUUUGAGAGGAAGAAGAACGACACACUAGAUCCCGAACCGUUCGUUGAAUGUAAAGAUUGUGGGAGGAAGAUGCAUCAGAUUUGUGUGCUGCAUUACGAGGUGAUCUGGAACUCUGGCUUCAUCUGUGAUAACUGUUUGAAGAAGAGCGGCAGGACGAGGAAGGAGAACAAGUUCUCGGCUAAACGGUUACCCGUGACGCGGUUAGGCACGUACAUCGAGGACAGAGUGAACAAGUACCUUAAGAGACAGAACCACCCUGAAGCGGGCGAGGUGUUCGUGCGGGUGGUGGCCAGUUCGGACAAAACGGCGGAGGUGAAAUCGGGCAUGAAGGCCAGGUUUGUAGAUAACGGUGAGAUGGUCGACAGCUUCCCCUAUAAGACCAAAGCACUUUUUGCGUUCGAGGAGACGGACGGCGUGGACGUGUGUUUCUUUGGGAUGCACGUGCAGGAGUACGGCUCGGACUGCCCCUUCCCAAACACCAGGCGGGUCUACGUCUCGUACCUGGACAGUAUUCACUUCUUCAGACCUCGGCUGCUGCGCACGGCCGUGUACCACGAGAUCCUCAUCGGCUACCUGGAGUACGUGAAGAAGUCAGGGUACGGUACCGCCCAUAUUUGGGCGUGUCCCCCCAGCGAGGGCGACGACUACAUCUUUCACUGUCACCCGGCCGAUCAGAAGAUCCCCAAACCCAAGCGCCUGCAGGAGUGGUACCGCAAGAUGCUGGACAAGGCCUUCGCCGAGAGGAUCAUCCAUGACUACAAGGACAUCUUCAAGCAGGCGACGGAGGACCGGCUGACCAGCGCCAACGAGCUGCCGUACUUCGAGGGCGAUUUCUGGCCGAACGUGCUGGAGGAGAGCAUCAAGGAGCUGGAGCAGGAGGAGGAGGAGAGGAAGAAGGAGGAGAACACGGCCACGUGCGAACCCCCCGAGGGCGCGCCGGGCGACAGCAAGAACGGCAAGAAAAAGAACAACAACAAGAAAGCCAACAAGAACAAGAGCAGCGUGAGUCGGGGCAACAAGAAGAAACCCGGGAUGCCCGACGUCGCCGACGACCUGUCCCAGAAACUCUACGCCACCAUGGACAAGCACAAAGAGGUCUUCUUCGUCGUCCACCUGCACCCGGGCCCCGCGGCGAACGCGCUCCCGCCGGUGUCGGACCCCGACCCGCCGCUGUCCUGCGACCUGAUGGACGGGCGGGACGCCUUCCUGACGCUGGCGCGGGACAAGCACUGGGAGUUCAGCUCGCUGCGGCGCUGCAGGUGGAGCACCAUGUGCAUGCUGGUGGAGCUGCACAACCAGGGCCAGGACCGCUUCGUCUACACCUGCAACGAGUGCAAGUACCACGUGGAGACGCGCUGGCACUGCACCGUGUGCGAGGACUUCGACCUGUGCAUCGGCUGCUUCAAGACCAAGGGUCACGAGCACCGCAUGGUCAAGUGGGGUCUGGGUCUGGACGACGACAACGGCGGUCAGGGCGGCGAGGCCUCCGAGAGCCCGCAGGAGAGCCGGCGCCUGAGCAUCCAGCGCUGCAUCCAGUCGCUGGCGCACGCCUGCCAGUGCCGCGACGCCAACUGCUCGCUGCCGUCGUGCCAGAAGAUGAAGCGCGUGGUGCAGCACACCAAGGGCUGCAAGCGCAAGACCAACGGCGGCUGCCCCGUCUGCAAGCAGCUCAUCGCCCUGUGCUGCUACCACGCCAAGCACUGCCAGGAGAACAAGUGCCCCGUGCCCUUCUGCCCCAACAUCAAGCACAAACUGCGGCAGCAGCAGCUGCAGCACCGCCUCACGCAGGUGCAGAUGAUGCGCCGACGGAUGGCCACCAUGCAGGGCCGGGCCGGGCCGCAGAGCCUGCCCUCCCCUCCGCCCCCGACCCAGCAGCCGCGGCAGCCUCACGCCCAGCCCGCCGUCACCCCCGCCGCUCCCGCCGCCUCCCCGGCGUAUCCGGGCACGCCCUGCGACGACGUCCGGCAGCCGUCACGGGGCAAGCCGGGCACCCGAGCCUCGCCCCUGCACCGGAACCCCUCGCCCCUCCCUCGGCUGCAACAAGCGCAUCAGAAUCCACCGCAGCAGCAAGCUCCUCAGCCGCAGCACCCGCCCCCCGCCGCCGUGGAAGCGGCGCGCCAGAUCGAGAUGGUCGCGCAGGCCCAGCAGAACCGAACUUACCGCGUGGCUCCGAACGGCCUGUCCGCCGACCAGCAGCCGCAGCGCACGCCGGGCCCCACGCGACCCCCGCCGCAGGCGGUCGGACCAGGGGGGCCUCGAGUCGUGCCGAACCAGUGGGUGGCGCCGGGGGCGCAGCAGGCUCAGCGGCCCGCGGUGCCCACGCGGCGGCAGCCAUCCCUGCCGCAGCAGCAGCCAUCCCUGCCGCAGCAGCUCUCCACGGUGCCGACGCAGGGCCAGCGGUUACCCCAGACCCCUCGGAGGCCCCCGGCCGUCGCCCCCGGCGCCCUGCAGGACCUGCUGCGCACGCUCAAGUCGCCCAGCUCGCCGCAGCAGCAGCAGCAAGUACUGAACAUCCUCAAGUCCAACCCGCAGCUCAUGGCGGCUUUCAUCAAGCAAAGAACCGCCAGGUACCAGGCCAACCAGCAGCCGCAGCAAGGCGUGCAGCCCACCGCGCAAACCGUGGCGGCCACGCAGGGACUCCAAAGUCCUGUCGUUCCGACCCAGCGACCCCAGCAGGCGAACGCACAAGGCACGGCGACUCUCCGGCCGGCGCAGGCUCAGCAAAUAAACCAGGCCGAGUUGUACCGCCGCCAGCUCCUGCGCCGACAGCAGCAGCAGCAGCAGCAGCAGGGCACGAUGCCUCAAACUCACCCGCAGUUCCGACAAACGCAGGCCGCCGCUCCCACUUACACGCAGCAGCUCCGCAUGCAGCAGCAGAUGGGCGCCCUGAACCAGCUCCCCGUCACGGCGCAACUCGGGCAGCCCGGCCUGCCGAUGGACGGCGCGCAGAACCCGCCGCACCGGCGCGCGCUCCAGCAGACGGCCCCGCCCGACCCCACGAGCCCCCGAGGUCUCCCGCCGACCCGAGUCCGCUCCCCGGCCCCCGUGCGGUCGCCCCGACCGCAGCACUCCGGCCCCUCGCCGCAGGUCCGACCCCAGCCCUCGCCCCAUCACGGCCCGGGGACGCCGGACCAGAACGCCACGCCGUCGCGGCUUGACGCACCCGGCCCGCCCGCCGACAUGGGCUUGGUGGGAGACACCACGGGAGACACGCUGGAGAAAUUCGUCGAGAGGUUGUAGCAGCCCCCCCCCCAUCCCCCAAAGCUCUCAGAGUUCCAGAGCGCCCCCUGUUUCCCUCCGAAGGAAUUUUUGUACCGUAGAACAUGCAAAAAGUGGCAGGAAGGCGAAAGAGACGGUGUAAAGUAUAACGGAGGAACGGUCAUGUUCACGUUUGGGUUUUUUAUCAGAGACCGAAACUAUUUUCUCUUCUCAGUUACGGAACGAUUUGCUGUUUAAAGAAAACGUAAAGAAUAUAUUUUUGGUUCUGACCCGCGUGGUCCUGCUUUUCUUUGCAUUUUUAUCGGUGUAUCUGUUUUCAGGGUCUGUUUUAUUUUGUAUUAUUUGGGGGGGGGGUGUAAUGGUUUCACGUCUGCUCUUUAUUCUGUAUAAAACAAAUGUACAAAAGUUCAUAAUAUUAUUCUUAUAAUUUGUAUGAUUUUGUACCCGGUGUAACUUUAUAUUUGCGUUUAUAGACCGUCUGAUGUCGCGGUCCGGGAAAUGUGGGCGUGGCUUUUCUCGGCUUUGAUCAUAUCCCUGUUUUUUAUGUUUCAUACGGGUGUAACGGGGCACACACACACACACACACACACACACACACACAGUACCAGCCACAGUAGAGGACGUACGAACCCGGGUCUCAGCGUCACGAGGGGGUAGAAAACGGGCGUCGGUAAUAUAUUUGGGUUUGUUCUUUUGUUUUAAGCUGAGAGUUUGGUUACUGCUCUCCCAGUUCUCCCAGUUCCUGUCACACAGAGGUGAAGCGAGGCUUCACUGUUCCUCCUCAUGUAAAUCAUGCGAGUUCUAAAUCCUAUACAGAGAAAAGAAAAGGACUAUAAAGAAGUUGAAACUUAUUUCUUACUUGUAUACCAUAUCGUCAAAUAAACUGUGUGCAGCACAUCAAA